AAAAAAAUGGAAAAUAUAAAGCUUAUAGAGAAGAAAUCAACACCUUCUUGUGCAGUCCUUUUGGAAUUUGGACUUGCCAUGAGGUGUUGAAGCCUUGUUUCACUGAGUUGGAGAGACUGGACCUAAAUGGCGCAGCAUGACUUUGCUCCAGCCUGGCUUAAUUUUCCUACUCCUCCAUCAUCAACAAAGUCAUCAUUGAAUUUUGAGAAGCACUCUGAAAAUUUUUCAUGGACAGAAAAUCGUUAUGAUGUGAAUCGUCGACGACACAAUUCUUCAGAUGGCUUUGAUUCUGGUAUUGGACGUCCUAAUGGAGGUAAUUUUGGGAGGAAAGAGAAAAAUGGAUGGCGUACGCAUGGCAGAAAUGGUACAGAAAACAUAAAUCAUCGAGGGGGAUACCAUGGUGGAAAUUCCCGUUCUCGUAGCAGUAUUUUCCAUUCUGGAAAAAGCCAANGACUACAUGAGAACAGCAUCCCUGACAAUGAAACUGGGAGGAAAGAAGACAAGAGAGAACGCAGNCAGUUUGAGGCUGAGGAUUUUCCAUCUUUAAAUCCUGAAUAUGAGAGAGAACCAAAUCAGAAUAAAUCUUUAGCUGCGGGUGUUUGGGGCCUACACGCCCAGACACACACAUACCCAACCAAAAAAAUCUCCCAAGCUCCUCUCUUAGACUAUCCCCCGAAUCCUAAAUCUAGAACUCCAAGAAUGCUGGUCAUUAAGAAAGGUAAUACAAAAGACUUACAGCUAUCUGGAUUCCCAGUAGCAGGAAACCUCCAGUCACAGCCAAUUAAGAAUGGAACUGGUCCCAGUGUUUAUAAAGGCUUAGUCCCCAAACCUGCUGUUCCACCUACAAAACCUACACAGUGGAAAAGCCAAACUAAAGAAAACAAAGUCGGGACUUCUUUUUCUCAUGAAUCUACAUAUGGUGUUGGCAACUUUAAUACUUUCAAGUCAANGGCCAAGAAUAUUAGUCCAUCAACAAAUUCAGUGAAAGAGUGUAAUCGUUCAAAUUCUUCUUCGCCUGUUGACAAACUUAAUCAGCAGCCUCGUUUAACUAAACUGACUCGAAUGCGCAGUGAUAAAAAGAGUGAAUUUUUGAAAGCAUUGAAAAGGGACAGAGUAGAAGAGGAACAUGAAGAUGAAAGUCAUGCUGGCUCAGAGAAGGAUGACGACUCAUUUAAUUUGCACAACAGCAAUUCUACUCACCAAGAAAGAGAUAUAAACAGAAACUUUGAUGAAAAUGAAAUUCCACAGGAGAAUGGCAAUGCCUCGAUGAUUUCUCAACAGAUCAUUCGUUCUUCGACAUUUCCACAAACUGAUGUUCUUUCCAGUUCACUAGAGGCAGAACACAGGUUAGUAAUUAUUUUUACUUUUUUUUUCUGGCAUUAUCUCUGUUCAAGGUUUUAUUAUCAAUUACAGAAGAAUGGUCUGAGAAAAAAUGGUAUUUUGAAAAAUGGCCUGAUCUGUGACUUCAAGUUUGGACCCUGGAAAAACAGCACUUUCAAACCCACAAUCGAGAAUGAUGACACAGAGACAAGUAGCAGUGACACGUCGGAUGAUGACGAUGUGUGAAGGAUUUCCUCACAGCUUUAGAAAUUUUAGUGUGAUACAUCUCUCAUGCAGUUUGGGGUGAAUUGUAAAAAUGAAGAACUAUAAUUUAUGUAGUGAACCUACCCCAUUAGAAGAUGAUUUUUUUGGGGGACUUCAGUAUGAAGAAAACCAAGAAUGUUGUGUUGGGCUGUGUUGAACAUUAUUUCUUUGUAAAUGAAUGUUGUAGAAAUGAGGACUUUGGUUGAUCCAACAUUGACUUUCUUCAUCACUGCAGCAUUUCUCUUGACUAGCAAUGUGACGAUGUAACAAAUGAGAUUUUCUCAUUUAAUAAUAAAAAAUUGUGUAAUGUU